AUGAGCCUGUUGUGCUGUUGUUCCGCCUGCCAACCGCGGUAUCGCCGAUUGGUAGAUUCCAUAUAUCCGUCUUUACCAGAAAAUGGACUGGUUAAGCUGAAUAUGCAGAAACUGACUUUCUACGCCAUAUCACACCCGGAGAAACUAGAUCGAAUCGGCGGCUACCUGGUCACUCACCUUAGCAGAGACAUCUACCGGCAGCGUAUCGGCUAUGUCCGCGUCGCUGUAGAGGCGAUGGAUCAGCUGUUGGCUGCGUGCCACGGCUCUCCGAGUCUCAACCUCUUCGUCGAAAGUUUCUUGAAGAUGGUACAGCGUCUGUAUGAGACUCAGAGCGUAGAACUAGAGUUACUGGGCACCGAGAGCUUCGUCACAUUUGCUAACAUCGAGGAAGAUGCACCCAGUUACUACCGUAGAUACGACUUCUUCAUAUGCAAAUUCUGCUCCUUAUGUCAUUACAGUUCUUUGGAUAUGCUGUUAAUGCGGAAGAUGCGCUGUGCAGGCAUUAAAGGUAUUCGAGGCGUUGUUCGGAAGACAGUCAACGACGAACUGCAAGCGAACAUCUGGGAGAAGCAACACAUGGAAAAAAUUGUCCCAUCGCUGCUGUUCAACAUGCAUGACGGCUCGUGUCCGACUCCGGUAGCCGAUAGUUGCGAAACUGAUGCAUCAGCCCUAAAGGUGAACAUGACGGCCAACGGUUCCGAAGAUUCACCGUUCACCCUGGCUGACGCUUGUCUCAGGGAGCUCGUCAGCAAAGCUACAUUCGGAAACAUAAAGUCGGUUUUGGGUCCUACUUUGAGCCAUUGCGACUACCAUAAACUUUGGGUGCCGCCUUCGUUUGCUGUCACAUGUCUGGAGGCCAUCAUGUACAGUAUCCAAUCGCAGUACGGCUACGUUGUCAUUCAGUCGGUUUUGGAGCACCUGGAUACACAUAGCGAUGAUGAUCCAGAAGUGAGGAUCGGCAUCGCGACUGCUCUUUCUCGACUGGUGGUCAUCGCCGCAUCAGCAAGUAUUGGGCCAUGUCUGUUGGAGAUUUUCAACAGUAUGCUGCGGCAUCUACGGCAGUCGGUUGAACUUGAAUCCUCGGGCGCCGCCGCUGAAGAUACAUCCGAAGCGGAGAAAACAUAUCAGGAAAUUCUGAUCAACACGAUGGGUAAUUUCACCGUUCAUCUCCCGGAUUACCAAAAGGUCGAAAUUAUGGUGUUCAUAAUUGGCAAGGUUCGAACUUUGUUGAAAGUCUCCACGACAUAUCGUGCCGGACAUUUCUCGAUGGUGUUUACGAAUCCGUUUCUGGUAUCGUUGCUUCAGCUGGCCUGUGUCGAGGAAUCGAACGUACGUCUGGUAGUUCACCGAAUUUUACACACGCUGCUUGAUCGUCACCAGAACCUCGAGCUCCUCGAGUCUAUGCAGUGGCCACGAGACGCCAAGAAAUUACACCUGACGCUGAAUCGUUUCACUAAGACCGACGUCAUAUUCAUUCGCAAAAAUUGCUCCGCCAUUUUCUCUGCGCUCUAUAAGUCGACCUUAAUGGCCAACAAUACGAGCGACAACUAUGACGCUAUCUUUUAUACGCUGGCUUUGAUCUUGAUCGAGAUCGGAUCUGAGGAUAUGGUAAUCGAUCUCUUCCGUCUGUGUCUUGCGAUUCAGGGGGCGGCAUACGAUUCUUCUCUUCACCUUGGCGUUACACAAGUGGUAAGUUCAUUUUCAAACUGUUAAAA